GGCACGACCCCGGAAGCCAACGAGGUCGGCCACAUGUCAAAUCCCCACCCUCGCACAACUAUGCGUGCUGACAAAGACCUGUCACAAGGAACGAAAAUAAAUAUCAUCAUACGUGAAUUCCCAGUAAGUCUGACCCAAUGUGACACCGAGCAGCUGCCUUAGGGUAUGCAACAAAGCAGGCAAGGCCACGAUGCGAAGCCUGGAAAAAGAGGUGAUCAGGCCCAUUCCUGCUUGGCGAGAUCAAUAUGAGACUGCACAGUAAUGGCUCGCAACAGCCAUUGAUGGCCUAUUUCCAUGGUAAAACUGAGCAGAGAGGCCGACAAUUCCUACCGGGGUGGAGAUGGAAUAUGGAAGACGAGAGUGGCCGUUGACUUUAGCCCAGAGGAAGAGUUGAUAUGGUCAAGAGGAGUAUUUGUCAACCCGGCUGUUUAUGCAGCACCGUGCGGGACAACAGGCCCACUCAGUCCGGCUCUGCAGGAAACUAAGGGCUGACUCCAUGAUCCGUGAGUCCUGCAGGUCCAUUUGCUGUUGCUGCUCAAGCGCAGCGGAUCGACUCAGUACCUGAAAUGGCUUGUAAACGUUUUGAGGUACCGGCGGUGCCCGCCACAACGUCGCAUCAGGCAUGCGUGACGACUGCACAGUUUCUAAUCCUGAGUCCACCUGUGGCAGACGGGCUCCAUCCGAUCAUCCGCGGACCUCAUGCGGUGCAGCCAGUACUCCCACGAGCCCUGUCCAGAGGCGUUAUGGACCGACUCAAACGAAAUCCGCUAUUUCAAGUGGCACAUGAGCCGCACAGCACCACAGAGGAGCUGAGCAAGAGGAUUCUCGACGUCUCAAAUUCGCUACCGAUUGACGAAGACGAAAGCCAGGAGAUGGGGAAGGCGGGGAAACAGGAGGCGGAGGAGGACAAUGAGAUCCUGAUCAGAACCCUGAAGGAGAGGAGCCACCAGUUUCAAGACAAGGCAAAGCUCAACCGCCUCUGCUCGAAAGCAGUCGAGGAACAGAGCAAGAACACUAAGACUGCUUUCCAGAGCGUUCUGAGCCAGGAUCCACCUCCAAAAAAGCUCGUCGACAAAGUAACGGUGGCCAAGACUGCCAAGGCCCAAGCCAAUAGUAAGCCACCUGCAACUGCUGCUGCUGUUGCUGUUGCCGAUUCCAAGAAGCAACGGACACCGGUCGAGGAGGAGAGCACCGACAUAAGCCUAGCCUCGACAGGAUCGGCCGCAGGCAGCUCAACCGCUGAAUCUGGCAGUAAUAUGUUGGACCCCUUCGAGCCCAGUCAAGCCAAUCAUUUCCCCUUGAAUCAGGGCAAUAUCAAUUCCUCGCACGCUCCAGUGCCGGGCAGAAACAUGCGCCCAGAGUCCGACAUUGCGUCGACCGGCACUGCCCAGCAUCUGGCGCCAGCGACGACCGGUUCCGCGCCGUUGCUGAACGACACCGCAGCACCGCCGUACGGCCCGCUCUUUCCGAACUUCGCCGGUUCGCAGAUGAAUAACCUGUUUGCUCGCUACCCGCCAGGUCACGACUCGAUGGGUCCUGCGCCCCAUAUGCACCACUAUCCUCAUAUGGCAGGAGACGCGUAUGGUAAUAGCAGUUCGUUGUUCACGCCCAACACACAGCCAACCGAGCCUAUUGGUACCCUGACAUCGGUACUGUCAUCGCGCCCGUUCCCGGGGCCAGACCGACCUAACACCCACACAGUCGCCACCACCCCGCCGUACAGUCGAAAGCCACCCGGCAAUGACAAGGUCGCCUCGUCGUCAUCGUCCUCGUCGUCGUCGUCCAACUCAAAAAAGAAAAACAAAGACAAGAAGCGUCAGAUGUUCCCGACAGAAGUUACACAGGUCAUGAAAGACUGGCUAAAUGCGAAUAUUGAAAAUCCCUACCCAUCGGAAGAUGUGAAAAAGCGAAUAGCCAAGCAAACCUCACUGACGCUCCUUCAAGUCAACAACUGGUUUAUAAAUGCUCGUCGGCGCUUAGUGCAACCGUUGAUUGAUCAACGCUCUGCAAGUCUAAAUGGACAACCACCGAUGGUAGUACCAAACCUGAUGGGAAAGAAUAGAAGGAGAAGUCGUCCCACGCCAACAGAAAUGCCGUCGAACAGUCAGCUGCCGUCUGGCCAGCUGUCAGCAGCGGUGUCUUCGACCACCGUUGCCGUUUCGCCGAGCCGUCCGAAUGAGCUGAGCACGAACUUCUCCUCGAUGAGUUCUUUGACCUCAUAUCAUCCUGGUCAACCCUCACCUCCACAACCUCACCAUGGCCCAGGGAUGGCUAUGCAUCCCACUCAAGCAGUUGCAAACGCCUGGGCACCGCACGGCGCACACAAUCCAAACUCACUGAUGGCAGGCGCCGGAGGCAUUUCCGACUACCAUGGCUUUCAUUCAGCGUACCCAUCAGCGGCGAGUAGCAUGUACCGUGGCAGCGACCCUGGCAAUGUGCAGCCCCCACCUGUCACCCUGCCAUCUCCACCGCUCAGCGCCGUCAUACCGCAGUCCACCGCCCAGGAAACUUCGGCAGCCCAGCUGCAUCAACAACAGCCAGCUGGAGUCGCAUCUCAGGACAUCUUCCCCAACAGCGGCGGUUCCAGCAGCUCGGCCAUGCCCAUGUCGCAGAUGCCCGGCUUCAUGAUGGUCUCAUCGCACCACCAGGUACCGCCGUCGCAGCAGCAUCAUCUUGACCACAGAUCAAUGUACCCCGCUGGGAUGCACGUUGGCCCGGGGCCAGCGGGAAAGCAAGCGCUGCCGCCCAGUUUGAACCAGUCAUCUGGCCAAUGGCCGCCGCAAUGGGGACAGUUGCCCUCACAACAACAGCAGCCCUCGCAGCAACAGCAGCAACUGCCGUCGCAACAACAGCAGCAAAUGCCGUCGCAACAGCAGCAGCAGCUGCCCUCGCAACAACAACAGCAGCUGCCCUCACAACACACGACGCAGACUCAAUCCUCGCCUCAAGACACCGCGGCCAGCACGGAGACGGCAGGAGCGGCAGUGCUGCGGCAGUAAUCAGAACAGGUCGUGUGCAAUGUACAUAUGAAGGCAUCGUGUGAGUUCCGAAUAUUAGUCUUGAAACCUCUCCGUUCUUCCAUUGAACACUGGAUCUGUCUUCUUCAAUCCUAACUCUUGGCUGAGUGUAUCGACGUUGAUAACUACUUGAACCAGGGAAUCACAGAUGUCACUGCCUGGAUGUUGGUCUCGGACCCGAAUCACUCAAGCUGAGCCAAUACACAUAGUGCGAUGUACACGUGAAGUCGCCGCAGGUAGUCUGUCAAUGUUCAUUAUAACUACUUCUAGAAGAAUCGCAGUCGUUGUCACCCUGAGUCCUGAUACUCGUCUCAGACCUGGACAAAUCAACGUGAACGCAUGUACGUAGUACACAACGAACUUCUUGUACAAAUCCUAACAGUUAGUACCGGUUUUGCUCCACGACAAUAAUAACCAAUUUGUUUGUUUCUGAAGUCAAAAUGGCUUCACUUCAGUCCCCCCCCCCCCCCUCGUAAAGUUAAUUACUUUCUCAUACAGUGCAGGUCGAUUAUGAGGCAGGUUGUGCUCAAUACUACUGCAAAGCUUCCAAGUAGCUGCCUGUACAUACUCUCGUUGUACUGGCAACGCAGCUGGAUCAACCUGUGACCUGUCUUGCACACACCUCCACAUGCCUACAAGCCCAGACAACACUGGUGCAUAUUUACUCUCUUUUGGUAGUUUCUUCGGCUCUUUUGGUACUACGGUUUCUUUGGCUCUUUUGGUACUACGGUUUCUUCGGCUCUUUUGGUACUACGGUUUCUUUGGCUUUUUUUGGUAGUUUCUUUGGCCUUUCUGGUAGUUUCUUUGGCUUUUUCGGUAGUUUCUUUGGCCUUUCUGGUAAUUUCUUUGGCUUUUUUGGUAGUUUCUUUGGCCUUUCUGGUAAUUUCUUUGGCUUUUUUGGUAGUUUCUUUGGCCUUUCUGGUAAUUUCUUUGGCUUUUUUGGUAGUUUCUUUGGCUAUUUUCCAUGGGUGUUGCACAGCUUGUUUAUUCUCUUCCUUUCAUCUUUCCACUUGACAAUAGUACUGUAAACCUGGAAAAUUUAGGCAAGAUCGAAAACUUGACAAACUUAGCGAAUAGACCGAUUUUACCAAGGUUAAACCUUGCGGUUUCCUAGCGUUUCUAGAUCAGACAGGUUUUGUUUCAGAGCUCUAGCACUAGCACUCGGAUGUCGGGUGCCAUUUUGAGCAGUGGAAGUCUACGGCAUGCACAUUCUAGAUCUUGGCCGCAGUGAGAGGGGAUUUUUGAUGUGCAAAAAUUGAGACGCCGCUGAAAACACCGUCGAAACGAAAUCGCUACGGGAAUCUGUUGCUAAAUUUUCCGGUUUACAGUGCUCCAAGUAGUAGAAUGACGGCAUUUCAAAUGCUCUGUGCAUAUUCCUCCAGCUGUUGUGCCUGUAUUUUCCCCCUGCUUAUGGACUUUCCCAUGAUUUUUUGAGUGCCCUUGGUGACUUUAGUGAUAUGGAUACUGUUCAUCGAGA